AGAGAAAGGAAUCUACUUUAAGAAUAUCACCCCACCAAAACAAAGGAAUUCCGCGCCAUCGCCAAACCCAUGGCUCUCUCAGCCCCGCCGGCUCCGCAUAACCCUUCCUCCUCCGCCGUCGCUUCCUCCGGCGCCACCGCGACCACCACCACCACCGCGACGAGACCUCUGUAUUCCAACUCCCGACCGCCGCUCACCGUCCAGCCCCAUCCUUUCCCCCCACAGCCCCAGCGAUUCCCUUCGAAUCAAAACCCCAUCUACUCCCAAUUAGCUCCGCCGCAGCUUCAGAGCACUCUCUACCCUGUCUCUUCCUCUGGCCGGGGGUAUGUUUCCGGCCCCGCCGUGCCUUGUCCUCCUCCUAAUCAGAGUAAUUACGUGACCCGACCUGCUGUUGGGUACGCUACCUCAAUUCCGCCUUUUGGGGUUUCUGCUCAUACGGAUCCGGGUUCAGGGCCCGGACUGGGCUUCGUCAGGCCUUCCAAUUUGACCCACGCCUCCGUCACUCUUGCUAAUUCCACUGCAAAUGCCGGGACUCUAGUACCUGUGGUCGUUCAAGGAUUUCCAGUUUCUUCUGCUCAUCAGAAGGUGGCUCCCGCAAAGCCUUCUUUUGGCGAUUUGAGUGGCUCCAAAGAUGGAAGGGAUAGAAGUAAAGAUGAUUCUUUGUCAGUAGUUAGAGAUAGGAAAGUCAGACUUACUGAUACUGCUUCCCUCUAUACGUUAUGUCGGUCGUGGUUGAGGAAUGGUUUUCCUGAAGAUACCCAGCCGCAGUAUAUGGAUGCUGAAAAGUCUCUUCCUAAGCCAUCACCUGUGGAACCACAAGAUGCUCAGUCACCUGAGAAGAAGGAAGAUAUUGCGGGACAAGAGGAGGAUGAUGUAUCGCUUGAGCAUCUAUCUACAGAAAAGCUGUUGCAAAUGCAUGUCAAGCGUGCAAAGAAAAUUAGGUCAAGAUUAAGAGAAGAAAGGCUAAAGCGCAUUGGUAGAUAUAAAACAAGGCUUGGUCUUCUCCUCCCACCUAUGGUGGAUCAAACACAACACACCGGAGGAUGAAUGGGCCCUAUCCACACAAAUCUUCCGCAGCCCACAUCAUAACAUUGAGGUUAACCACUAAACCUGUGGAAGUAUUAGAGUAUUUGCAUUGGCUUCUUAUUCGGUUAAUGGUGUGAUUUCUUUAACUGUGACAAGUAACAUAGGUAACUAGUUUUUCAUUGGGGGGGCAAAGCUUGUUCAUGCUAUCAGGUAAUUUUACUUCAGAUUGUGGUCACUGGUCAGUUUAAGAGUUGUGUAAAACUUAGGGAAAAUGCUUAUCAACUUUGGUUUGGGGUUUUCGUCGCGCGCUUCCUCAAUCUUGUAUACUAUACAGAUAUGAGUAAUUGAUUAUUACAGAGUUAUUAUUAUAAUUUUAAUAUAAUUUGUGGGGGUUU